UCAUUACGGCCGUGUUUAAUUAACACACUGCAGCAGCAGCAGAUGGCCGGCGACAGCGGGGAGCGGAAACGGCUGCCGAAGAGACCUUCAUCCGGCCACAGCGGGGAGAAAGCGAGCGGCAGUGGAACCGAGACGGACCGGACUCCGGCCAGACCCGAGAGCUGCGCGGAUCGCGGCGGCCGUAAAGAGCGGAGAGGGAAAGAGAACAGCGCGGGGAGGGGGAGCGCGUCGGCCCGGGCAAACCCGGAGAAGAUGGAGGACGCGGUGACGGAGUGUUGCGGAUCCGCAGACAGGGCAGACCCCGGCCUUUUCUUCGACGAGGACAGCAACCACAUUUUCCCAGUAGAGCAGUUCUUCGGAAACCUGGACGCGGUUCAGGACAUUUCACACAAAUCUGCUGGCACAGAGGGAAUGAGCAGACGAGAGUACAGGAGGCGCCAUUACUACGCCAAAGAAGACAGUGAUGAGGAGCAGACAUAACACACAAACAGGCUGAGUUUAAAACUCCUGAUGCAGCCAUUGUAUGUACAUUUAUUGAAAAUUUGUAGUCAUUUGUAAUAAUGGCAGAAUCUUUAUGUAUAGAAAAAAGUUUCCAAAAUAACACUUGUGUGGGUUUAUCUAAUGUUUAAAAAAAUAUAUAUAAUUUUGGAGUUGUAAAUAAUUUUAUUUUGUAAGCAGCUCUGUGUGAGAGCAGUGUUUUAAUGUAACUUUAAAACAAUUUUUUAAGGAUUUUACUCUUUCUAUAUGACAUCUGCCUGUUUUUCCGUCCACACUCAGUUCUACCAGCAUCCUGAGUGCACAGUAGAUUAUUAUCAGUCAGUCUCAUUUCAGGGAUUAUAGUCAUAACAGAUAUAGUCACAGUGAAGAAUGUUUUUGAGUAUUAAACCAGCUUUUGUUUUUACAUUUUCAGUGUUGCAGCUACAAAAAUACAGUGACUUGAGGCCUUGAUAAAGAGCAUAUUACAAAUAUAUUAGCAGAGCAUAAAACAGUAACUCAGGCAUCUUUUACAAAAAUAACCAAUGUAAUUUCGAUUUGAUUUUAAGGAGGUUUUUGUGCAGUGUGUUUGGUAAAGUACUGAGUAACACUGUAAAUUAAGAGGUUGCACUUAUGGAGAAGGUACUUGGGAUUGAAGUCUAAGAUUUAUGAAAGUUGAAAUUGCAUGGCACAGAAGCACAAUAGUGCUGCAGGAAGAGAGGGCGAGAUGAGAAGGUCAGGUCAGAAUCUGUACAUAAAUUAAUUUUUAAAAAACCGUGAAAUACAUUAAAAUUGAACUGCAUGAAGAAACCCCGGGCCCUUUGAACGUGGCUGCAUGCAUUACAUACGUGCACGCAGUGAGUAGCAUUGCCGCCUAUUGCUCCAGGCUUGGUUCGAUCCUGAGCUCAGGUUGUUGUCUGUGUGGAUUUGAUUUUAAACUCUUAAAUUGCCUGAGUGUAAAUGACUAUAUGAACGUGCAUGCGUGUUGCCCGGUGAUGGACUGGUGUCCCGUCCAGGGUGUAUUCCUGCUUCAUCCCAGUGUUCCUGGGAUAGGCUCCAGAUCCAACAUGACCAGGAUAACUAACCAUUCAGCACUUACUGAAGAUGAAUGAUUUAUUAUAUAGAAGACCAGGUUUAUCAUGUGCAUGUGUAAAAGUGUUCAUAACUUUUCUUGCCAAGAAAGCAGCUUUUAGGCAACAAUAUUUAGCUUUAGGUAUAUAUAAUUAAUUGUCAUAUCUGUACAGAAAACAGCUUUACAUGAUAUGAAGCAUUUAAGUUCAGGAUAUAAUUGGUAGCUGUAGUCUUUUUCUAGACAGAAUACAUUGCGAUAAGAAAAACUGAAUGUGGACAGGACGUUCGUCAUAUGAUGCCAGUUAAGUGCCUCAGUCAGGAAAAAUCAUGUUAACAUUUGUAAAGACUGAAUAUUGCUGUUUGUUCUUAAAUACCAGUUUGAAUGGGGUUUUUUUCUGCUUGGGUGUCUGUUUCUUUUUAUACACACACGCACGCUCUUACUGUCCAUACUGUAAUAUAUACAGUUCCAGGCAAAAGUUUGGACACACCUUCAUAAGUUUUUCUGUAGUUUGACUAUUUUCUACAUUGUGGAACAAUAUUGAAGAAAUCAAAACUAUGAAAUAACGUGGAACGUAUAUGGAAUUAUGUGGUAAAAGUGUUAAAAAAGGUGUUUCAUAUUUUAGAUUGUUCAAAGUAGCCAGUGUUUACCUUGAUUACACUUUGCACACUAUUGGCAUUAUCUUAACCAGCUUCAUGAGGGAGUCACCUGGAAUGCUUUUCAAUUAACAGGUGCCUCAUUAAAAGUUAAUUAGUGCAAUUUCUUGCCUUCUUAAUGCAUUUGAGAUCAAAUAAUAAAAAUACAGUAAAUAGCUCUAUUCCACAACUGUAGUAAUCCAUAUUAUGUCAAGAACUGCUCAACUCAGUAAAGAGAAACGACAUCCAUCAUUAAGACAUGAAGUGACUUUUAAUAAAAAAAAUAAAGAAAAAUCCUUGAAUUAGAAGGUGUUUCCAAACUUUUGACUGGUAUUUAUACACACAGUACCAGUCAGAAGUUUGGACACACUCGUUCAUAGUGCGCGCGCGUGUGUGUGUAUUCUAUAUGUAGUUGUGUUGUAUGAAGCAUUUGCACUAACUUUAUAUACAAAGAUGUGACUUGUAAAAUUUUAUACUCACUUGUCUGUAUAAAUUUUUAGGUAAAAUUCUUAUUUGUCUUGGUUUACAACAAUGUCUAUUUUUGUAUCAAAAAGAAAAAUCUUUACAUGCUAAUGUUGUUACCAAAUGCUUUGUUUAUAAAAUAUUAAUAUUUGAAAUGUUAAGCACAUUCUGCAUUACGCUACUUCACAUUUUGAAAUCUACAAUUCUCCGUCCAUACAAAGUAAAUGUUUAUUGAUUUUAAAAACAGCAUGAAAUUAAAUGGAAUUGUUGUGGUUUAUGAAAGGGCCUGUGUGUCUAAUGAAACUUAUUCUAACUAAACCUGGUUCCUGAAAGACACCUAUUCAAAUACAAAUUUUCAGCGCCAUUAUACAUUUCA